CAAAACUGCGCUCGGGCUUCGCUACAUCACUACUUUCUUUCCCUCUCACUCUUCCUCUCUACCUCUAUCUCUUCACCCUCUCGUCACUCCAAAGCAAUUUGCACGUCUACCGCAAUCGCUGGCAUUGACUUGUCAAGUACGGAGAGACCCGAAUUGUGACAAUACUCAACGGUGCCGUCUACCGCCUUUGUUGUGUACCUGACCGAAAACUCCUUGACAAUUGCUCCGCCGACGAAACAUCUGUUCCAAUUACGAUUCGAGUGCUGCAAAAGCGUCGUCUGUGACCAAUAGCGCGAAAUGGCUCUUACUACUCAGUUUGCCUUCCGAACUCUCAAGGGUAUUGGUGUGGUCAAUGGUGCACCAGCCUACGAGCCGCUCCCGGGACUCGAACGACCCGAAGGCAACCUCCGAUGCUACUCCUACUCACCUUGCGGCCGAUACUUCGCUUGGGCGUCACCUGAGAAGGUGAACAUCAUCAGCGCAGACACCGGUGCAAUUGUCUCCACGCUUCCCGCCGAGAAUGUGUUCGAGCUAGGUUUUUCACCCUUGGGUACCUACAUCAUUACCUGGCAACGAUCUGCCAAGGACGAAAACGGCGACGCUGUCAAGAACCUCAAGGUGUGGUUGGUCAUCGACGAAAAGGCUCUGGCCGAAGAUGUCGAGAAAGAGCCACUUUCUGGAUUUGUGCAGAAAUCUCAGACUGGAUGGAAUCUGCAGUACACCCACGACGAAACAUUCUGCGCAAGAGUGGUCACGAAUGAAGUCCAGAUUUACGAAAGUCAUGACUUGAAGACUGUCUGGAACAAGAUUCGGGUCGAAGGCGUGGCGGACUUUGCGGUUUCUCCUGGAAAGAGCCAUACCAUCGCGGUGUUUGUGCCUGAAAGAAAGGGACAACCAGCCGCCGUUCGAGUCUACAAUGUGCCAGAGUUCACCACUCCAGCGUCACAAAAGAACUUCUUCAAGGGCGACAAAGUGCAACUGAAGUGGAAUGAGAACGGUAGCUCUCUGAUUGUGCUGGCACAAACAGAGGUGGAUAAGACUGGCAAGAGCUAUUACGGCGAGACUACGCUGUACCUACUCAGCGCCAAUGGUGGCUUCGACUCGAGAAUAGACCUGGAUAAGGAAGGCCCCAUUCACGAUGUCUCGUGGUCACCCAAGUCCAACAGCUUCGCCGUGGUCUACGGGUACAUGCCAGCGAAGACAGUCAUUUUCAACGUCAAGGCUCAGCCGGUCCAUACGUUUGCUCUCGCACCGCGCAAUACCGUACUGUUCUCGCCUCAUGGUCGUUUUGUUCUUGUGGCCGGCUUUGGAAACCUGGCUGGGCAAAUGGACAUUUAUGAUCUCGAGAAGGACGUCUCCAAGGUCUGCACGAUUGAGGCGAGCAACGCGAGCGUCUGUGAAUGGUCACCAGAUGGCGUUCACAUCCUGACAGCAACAACCUCGCCUCGUCUAAGAGUCGACAACGGCAUUCGGAUCUGGCAUGCUGGCGGCACUUUGAUGUACAACGAGGACAUGAACGAGCUGUAUCACGUCUGCUGGCGUCCGCAAUCAGCCUCAGCACAUCCACUGAAUGCGGAUCCGCUUUCGCCUGUCCCUGCGCAGCAUAGUAGUGCUACGCUGUACAUGGCGGCUCGGAAAACACCCAGCAAACCAGCUGGUGCGUACCGUCCACCGGGUGCACGAGGCCAGGUGACACCAUUAGCUUUCAAGCGUGAAGAUGAGGGUGGCGCUGCAUACGUUCGUGAUGGUAUCUCAUCGUUCGCGAGCAACAUUAAUGGCUUCGGCAAAGCUCGUUCUCGGGUCGUGCCUGGUGCCGAACCUGCCGAGGACAAGGCUCCACUUCCACCCGGUGCAGCUCCUGGUGGCGGCGUCAGCUUGACUGGCACUGGAGAAGGCGCGGACGGGGAGCCUCUGUCAAAGGCAGCGAAGAAGAAUGCGAAAAAGCGGGAGGCGAAGAAGGCUGCAGCUGCAGCAGCACGUGAAGAGGGACCCCCUAAUCUUGCUCCCGAACAUGGUGCUGACAGGGGCAAGAGUCCGAGUCGAAGUCCCCAGGGUCGCGGCCAUCAACGCAGUCGAAGCAGAAACUACGUUCCUGCGCCUGCUCCUGGUCUGGAGCCGCCUUCUGGACCUAGAAAGGAACGCAGUCGAAGCAAUAGCCGGCGCCAACGUGGGGACACCUCGAGCUCGUCGCACGGUCACGCCAAUGGUCAUCCGAGGGGCCCCAGCCACCUACCUGCCACACCGAAUCAGAAACCUCGUCACGUCAAUACACCGGCCAAUAUCAGCACCACGCUACCGGCGCCUCCUCCAGUCCCGCAAGAUCAAACUCCGCCGGAGUUGGAGGUUACCAGCCCCUUGACUCCGGGUGGAGAUCCAAAAGAGAAGAAGAUUCGAGGUCUGUUGAAGAAGAUCCGAGCAAUUGACGAUCUGAAGAUGCGACAUGCUGGAGGUGAGAAGUUGGAGGACACGCAGGUCCGGAAAAUUUCGAGCGAGGAUUCAGUUCGAAAGGAAUUGGCUGGUCUGGGAUAUACCGGAUGAUUGAGCAAGUGCCGCUCUCCAUCUGAUCGCUUCGAAAAAUGUUCAACCAUCGGCAAGGGGGCUUCUUGCUACAUGUCGGCCUUUGAGAUUGGCAAGUACUCGUACGCCAUAACGGCAAGGAGUGCAGUGUCUUGAUGGCCAAUGCAUUGCGUCGGGGUAUUUGUGGGUUUCACAAUGAGCUGUAUAGCUGACUGGAUAGGCUGUUGUCAACACGGAUUCUUGCAUAGCAUUGGGAGAAACGGCAUUAGGUAUCCAGGGGGGGCUAGUCAUACGUUGGAGGACUUGCUGGCUACUCCAAUGGAUUGUAGGAAAGUCGAGACUUGAGGGGUGAAAAUGAUAGAUACCCACUCAGUAAUCAAAUGAAAGGAUCUGCAGGUGGUAAAGAAACAUUGAAGGACAAGA